UUAAUUUUAAUGUAAUCAUAAUUAAAUUUUUGAUUGAACUUAAUAAAAUAAAUCGUACUUUUGACUACAUAAAUAUUUGAAAUAAAUAUUUUCCGUAUACAGCAUUUAAAAGAUUUGGCCUGCCAGUUGAUGUAGAUGUGACCUACAAGGAUUCAUCGGGGACUGAUGUUGAUGCUGACAUAUUCAAUGAACUCUUGCAACAAGGCAAUGUCACUCUCACAGCCUGUUUGGAUGAUGACCUAUCGGAAGACACCGAAACAUCUGACACAUCGCUUUCUUUUAAUGCAUCAACAAUGAUUAUUGACGAUCCACCAACAAAGAAAGCAAGACUGACAGCUGACAGCUGUACUGAUAAACAAGUAGCAAAAAAUAUGGUGCACACGGUACUCAAAUCAAAACCUGGUGGAGACAAAAUUAUGUAUGAUAAAGCCAAAACCCUGUCAGACAGCACCCGCAGACAGUUAAUUAACAUGCUUGUCGCCAAUAUGAUUGAAGUACAUGGGAGCAUUUUUAUGAUGCUUCAAGUGGUACUGGUUACCUAGCCUGGCGUUUAAAGACGGUGCAGAGAAAUACUUUCGUUGGUGAAAAAGGCAGACCUGUAUCAUCUGAAACAAGCAGUGGCCCAUUGUCAGAGAGGGAACCAUUUUCAACCACAGAACAGCUGACUGGUGAUGAGUGCAGAGAGGCAAUAUCGGUAAUGAAACACUCUUCAGAUGAGAACGUAGUCAAAGAAAAAAUGAAGGCAACUUUCCAAUACAGACAGUCAAUGGUUCGUAAUCCUGAUAAGUCCCAAGAUGUCUUGGGGCUGUUCCCUAGAUUCCUCUACACACCUGGCCUUAUUGAACUAGAUUUUUCACUGCUAUUUGGAGAGGAGAUUGCGGGAAAGUUUCUGGCAAAGUGGUCAACCUUCAAACCCCAAGUAAUCAGUGAAGGCAAAGGAUUGCCCUCUAAUCACCACAUUGAAGAACUCAUCAUAAAUGCUCAACAUGAAUCUGGUGAUGACUCAACUGGUUGGUACAGCGACAUCUCAGCCCUGCUGCUACUACUUCAUCUCCUACCCCCAACAUCAAAAGGACACAAAAAGGCAGCAAGGAUUAGUCUUCUUCAAGCAGCUGACCAUUUAGUGAGAUUUCUAAAGAUGGGAACCAGCAUUCCAUUGUUUUGGGAGAAGUUUGGAGCUGCUCAGCCUUUCCUGUUGUGUGUUGGAGGAAAUAGGAAGAGGAUUCAGAGGUACUUCGUUAUCGUGGACAUGAAAGCAAUUCCUUGCAAGGCUCAGACGUCUGUGGGUGCUUUUGAUGAACUUUUUAAGGCGCACUUUGCAUUUGGCACAUCAUACAGUGAAAGUUUGUCAAGCUUCUACGUUUUCAUCCAAACUGCCAUUUACAAGAUUGAUGCUGGAACCUCCAAAGAACGGCCAAGAGUCAGAGAGAUGAGAGCAAGGUUUCUCCUUGGAAGGAAUUGAUUGUCUUUUGAAGGUAUGAUUGAAGCAUGUUUACUUGUUUUGUCUGUAAAACGCAUCAUCAGAGUUCUACUCUCCUUUGUCGUCAUUUAAAGUUACUUCAUGGACUUUACCCUGGAAAACUGUUGCGGCUACGAUGUGCAGAAGUUGAAUGUUCUUCAGUGUUUGGCACAUAUUCAGGUUUCAAGAAACAUUUAAAAACUGUUCAUGGUGAUAGGGCAGUCCAAAAUGUGUGGGCAGCUGUGGGUGAGGCCUACAGUGAAGAUGAUCAAACAACUUUUGAGACGAAUAUUAACGAACUUGAACCAACGCCUUCGACUUCUCAACACAACACAGUGGUGCCUGAGUCAACACACAUUUCAGCAAAUAAAAAACAGUUGCAAGAAAUGUGUGGCUCCAUUGUUGCAC